UUCUCAGCCGAGGCCGAUGCAGUGCUAGUCAGCCGAUAGCGUGAGUUUGAUCGUGAACACGAGUUAGGACGCACAAAAAAUGACUACUCCAGUGUGUAAAAAAGCGAAAAUGAGCAAUUCUUUGGAGCAACUUAAAUCACUGACAACUGUUGUCGCUGAUACCGGUGAUUUUCAAGCUAUGGAACAAUUUAAGCCGACUGAUGCCACGACAAAUCCCUCACUCAUACUGGCUGCCGCUAAUCAGAAGAAAUAUGCUCAUUUGUUAGAUAAGGCCGUUCAAUAUGGAAAGAAAACAGGAAGCACUCUCGCUGAGCAAGUGGAGGCUGCCAUGGACAUGACCUGCGUCCUCUUCGGUCAGGAGAUUCUGAACAUAAUCCCAGGGAGGGUCUCGACUGAAGUAGAUGCCCGACUGUCAUUCGACAAAGAAGCCAGUAUCGAGAAGGCCAAGAAGUUGAUUUCUCUGUACGAGGAGGCAGGAAUUAGCAAGGAGAGGAUUCUGAUCAAGCUCGCAUCUACCUGGGAGGGCAUCCAGGCGGCUAAGGAAUUGGAGGAAAAGUAUGGGAUUCACUGCAAUUUGACACUCCUUUUUAAUUUCGCUCAAGCAGUCGCUUGUGCUGAGGCUGGUGUCACUUUGAUUUCACCAUUCGUCGGACGUAUCCUUGAUUGGUACGUGGCAAACACAGACAAGAAGGCAUAUGAAUCAAAAGAAGACCCCGGAGUCAUAUCAGUAACAAAAAUCUACAACUACUACAAGAAAUUUGGGUACAAAACAGUCGUCAUGGGCGCAUCCUUCCGCAACAUUGGUGAAAUCAAAGAGCUGGCUGGCUGUGACUUCUUGACAAUCAGUCCGAAGCUCCUGGAGGAGCUCGAGAAGAGCCAGGAACCCCUGAAGAAAGCACUGAGUGUGGAGACAGCUAAAAAGUGCGAUUUGCAGAAGAUUAGCCUCAAAGAGGCGCAAUUCAGAUGGCUUCUGAAUGAGGACCAGAUGGCCACUGACAAGCUCAGUGAUGGCAUCCGUAAGUUCGCCGUCGAUAUGAGGAAACUUGAGAAACUCCUCCAGGAGAAGAUUCAGGGCUAAGCCGGUCGUGCAAGGAGUGUCAGAGAGGUGAAUGUUUUAUACCUUCAGUGUUUUAUUUUUCAAAACGUUUAGAUGCAUUUUUGUACAUUCCUUGUUGAAUAUUGGGGCUUCAAUUGCCGCCGUUGUACAAAGAUCGAUUUUUUGAAUUAUAUUAUUGUAUUUGAAAUAAAGAUGAGAACACUUUGUGGAGUGGUUCUAA